AGAUUCCGGAGGAGGGAGGGGAAAACCUAGUGAUAAACCUAGCAACAACCAAAAAAAAAUCGGUGCAACUGCGAAUCAUCCACAGGAGCAAGACUGAGACAAAGUCUAGGAGCUUACCACAGCAUUACCCUUGGCCCUGCAGUCACCUUGCAGGAAAGCAAGAAAGAAAGAGCUGCUGAUAUUCAGCUAAAUGAUGGAUAACCGAUCACUCCAAAGGAAAGGUGGUGUCGUGGAAUGAGAACACCCUUUCUUGAGCAGAGGAGUGGGUGGUUUAAACAAAAUCAGAGGUUACUUCGAAUAAAUUCAGACAUUGAAUGACAGCCAGUAUUUCGAGUGCCCAGAACAAGCAGUACUACAAAACACUGCACCAUUCUUGCCAAUUGUUGCAGGCAACAGCACAACUACAUCCUCCCCAAGAACUUAGAUAAUGAACUUGAGGAACUCGAACUAGAACUGGGGGCACUGUUUAAAAAUAAAAAUACUUCACUACUGCUGGUGUUUCAGCUGAAUACUUAACAACAUGAAUCGUGCUUUUAGUAGAAAAAAAGAUAAGACUUGGAUGCAUUCACCUGAAGCUCUAACAAAACAUUUUAUACCCUACACCGUAAAGUUUCUUGGCAAUGCUGAAGUUGAACAACCAAAGGGUACAGAAAUUGUGAAGGAUGCUGUUCGUAAACUCAAGUUUGCAAGGCACAUAAAGAAAUCUGAGGGUCAGAAGACUCCUAAGGUUGAAUUGCAAAUCUCCAUCUAUGGUGUCAAAAUUUUAGACUCCAAAACAAAAGAAAUUCUGCAUAAUUGCCAGUUACACCGAAUAUCUUUCUGUGCUGAUGACAAAACUGACAAGAAGAUAUUUACUUUUAUUUGCAAGGAUGCUGAGUCAAAUAAACACAUGUGUUACGUGUUUGACAGUGAAAAGUGUGCUGAAGAAAUAACAUUAACUAUUGGCCAAGCUUUUGACUUAGCCUACAAGAAAUUUCUGGAAACAGGAGGAAAAGAUGUUGAGACAAGAAAACAGAUUGCCAGUUUGCAGAAACGAAUUCAGGAAUUGGAAACCGAGAAUAUUGAAUUGAAAAAGAAAGUUCAGGAGAUGGAAAUUAAUGUCAAGGUAACUCAAGGUCCAUCAUCACCAAGAGGAAUGGCACCUCAGUCUCCGAGCACAGAUCUAUUUGACAUGGUUCCAUUUUCACCAGCAUCACCUCUUUUACCUACACCAUCCAGUAAUGGCACAGAGCUUCCCUCUUUACCUGUUAGAUCUUCUGAGACCAGAAGAGAUAUUUUUGGUGCUGAGCCAUUUGACCCUUUCAUCUCGGGUGGCGGAGACUUUCCACCGGACAUUCAGUCCAAACUGGAUGAAAUGCAGGAGGGGUUCAAAAUGGGACUAACUCUCGAAGGCACUGUAUUCUCUCUUGAUCCUCUGGACAGUAGAUGCUGACAUUAAGGAACUGAUUAUUUUCACAUUUGGAUCAUGAACAUAGAGUGCCAGUGAAGUGCCAAAAAAACUUUUUUCUUUUCCAUGUUAUUUGAUAAUACCUCCCUUAUGUGGAUUUUAACUUGAUUCUGCUUGCCUUCUCUUCUUGCAUCUUUUUUAAAAUCUGGUGAGAAAAUAGCAUAGAAAGAUUGCUCAUGAGCGAUGUUGACACAAAAUUUGCAUUCUGCUUAACGUUUUUAUGGAGCCAUCCCUUUGUUCUUUCAAUUCUAACAUUUUUCCAAGAAAAAUCUUUUUCAAAUUAGAAUCAGCACUGAAUUAUGAAGGUCCAAUUUUGAAAAGGAUUUUUACUUUUUAAAAAAAAAGGAAAGUGCUACUUACUUUUCUUCCUAUCUAUAUCUUCAAAUGAAGGGUUCAUGAUGCAAACUGGAUCAAGUAACAUUGGAGAUAAUGGCCUGGAUUUUCGGUGGCCAUCUUGGGAACCCUUUAAAAAUGGAAGUUUCAAACCAGACCCCCAGCAAUUUUUGUGAACUCGGGGCCCUUCCAUAAAUAGCAGCACCUCCAGGAGUCGUGGACCCAGUCCCAAUUGGGGAGCUAAAAAAAACAGCCAUCUGCUUCUGAAAUCCUAUGAUUGAUAGGCCAUAUGUUUUGAAAUAGAAAACAAAAAUCUUCUCUUUCAGUUUCAACAGACUCCAUUGGAACUCUAAUAGUUUUUGAUAGCUGAGCCCAUUAUAAAUGUUUGACUGAGUUUCAAAAGCUGUGAAUCACCUAGCUCAGCAGGAGGUUGAAAAAAAAUUAAAUCCCUCCAGUGGUCAUUCAGUUGUAAAAACAAACAAACAUGUUAAAUAUUGCUGAAAAGAGAGACCAUUUGCAAACCUUUUCAGCUGGCACUCAUUAGGACAAAUGUAAAAAUACCAAUUUCAAAUGAUUGCAACAAUUUAUACCACCGGAGAAAAAGGUUGCUGAUGGGUUGGCAAGUUGACUCUGAUUCGCUGAGGCAUUGCCAUGGAGAUUCCAAUGGGGAGCUGUAAGCUCCCUAUACUUCCAGGUAAUUCAAAAAGCUCACAGGGGUUGAAAAUAUUCCUUUUGUUCUCAGAGAGUGGGUCCCUGCAUGUGAAUGCAUGUCACUUCUAGCAAAUGUAAAUAAGCACAUUAAUAGCAUGACUAAUUAUCCUAAGUUGCUUGUUAGCUUAGCUAAUUGCACACUCAGGAUUGUUCAGCAAGUGCUGUCCACUUACAGAAUCACAUCUAACAGUAGACAUUUUGUUUUAGGUUUUGUAAACAUAGGCCGGUGGAGUACAGUCUGUACUCUGCCUAUCACGAACACCUGGAGGAAUAUGUUGUUUCUUUUCGAUCAGCCAAUUGUUGGGACGUAUGCCUAUGUACCUGGCACAUGUACUUAUAUGACAUUGCGAGCUUAUUCAUAAACCUGCUGAAGGAAGCCAUUGACACUUGCGCCACAUCACUAUAUCAUGGCAACCAUUUUCUGAAUCUGUAUUCCUUUAACUAAUGAACACAGCAACUCGUGCAGUCGAGUUCAGCUUGAAUGACACCACGUAUGCCUAAAUAGAUGAUGUAACCAUGGGAUCCCCUCUAGGUACAGUACUCACUGACAUUUUCAUCGGUUUCCGUGAGAAACACGUUUUUGAUGAAAUGAGUCCUAACCUCCUGCCCUAUCCGUAUGUCCAAUAAGUAGGUGAUGCAUUCACUAUUUUUGAACCUGCAGCCACAUGUAAUGAUUUCUUUACACACCUUAAUGCGCUCCAUCUUGCACUUCAAUUCGCUUUUGAGAUGGAGCAGCCUAACAUACUCCCUUUCUUUGGCAUGCUAGUUGAGAAAUCUGUUCUUGAUCUCUCCACUAUUGUCUACCCCAAGCCUAGCUCCAUCAGUCAGUAUAUGCAUUGGGGUUUAUAUAGCUCCAUAUGCUAUAAGAUUAACCUAAUUAGCAAUCUUGUAAGUGGAGCUCUAGCUAUUUAUUCUUCUUGAAAUGUCGAUGCAACAGUUAAGCACAUCAAAGUUAUCAUGCGGAACAGUGGCUAUCCUGAUCAUAUCAUUGUUCACUGCAUAUCAAAUAAACUCACAAAUAGGCCAAAGGCAGCCACUUUCACACCUGAAAAGUGCCGGUCUAUCUUAAAUUAUCUUGGAAAGUCAAACUAACUCAAAAAUUUAAACAGGUUAAGCAAGCUGUUUCAUGCUGCUAUUAUGCAAUGGUGACAUGGGUGGUAUUUUCCACUAAUAGGAUGCUGCUGUCAGCCCAGAAAGUCAUUCUGCCUUCCACACAGUUGAGUAACUGUGUGUGAACAUUAGGGACAGUGUGAUGCCAGGUAUAUAGGUCAUAUGACCCAGUCAUUGGCUGGUAGGCAGAGUACAGAAUAGCUUUUGAAACUCAGGCAAGCAAUCAUAAUAGGCUCACAUGUAAAAAUAGACUAUUAUAGCUACAACAAUGGAGCUGAAAAUGAAAUAACAGAUGGCUUGUGUGUUUUAAGCUACAUAAGAUGGCCUGUCAAUCAAAUCAGUCCAGGAGCAGAUGGCUGUCUUUAUUUUCUCUAAGUUAAAUCUGAAGUCCAAUUACUUUAUACAUUUAAAGCACUGUGCACAUUCAAGUCACUUCAGAUCAUGAUAUUAGAGCUCCCAAGCACUGUUUUCUUCAGAUUUGAAUGCACAAUUACACUUAUCCUAAUGGGAAAGGUACUCAAAUACAACUCUACGUCAAUCAGCAUUUUGUAAGUGUUAUGGUCAACCCACAUUUGCAGGACAGAGCCCUAUGAUUAAUCACUGCAGCAAAAACACAUUUAACUUAUAACAUAGCAUUUAAUGAUGGCAUUUGAAGUUGUUAAAACAUGUAACACUUAGCUGUCAAAAUGUUCCUGACUUCUUGGCACGCUUCUCCCAAGGUUCCCGAACUCUCAAAAAUGGCAGAAUUUCAGAAGCCUUCCAUAAACAGCUGAACCCAAUGAAAAUACUGGGGGAGAUGUGAGAAACGGACUUCCCCUAGGUCCGUCAAUAGUGACCUCAACAUCACAGGCCAUGUGUGUGAGAUUGCAGUCUGACCCUGACUGGAACCUCUUUCUGUCCAUGGGAAGAUUGCAUGGGCAACUUUUCCAGGGGGACUUUCAAAGUUGAAGACCUGCAGACUCAAUUUUGUCAAUCCCACACCCAUUGCUGAAAUUUUUAGGACACCUAAAUGCGGGCUCAAAUGUUCCAGUUCCGGUAAUCUAAUGAGGAAAAGAGACAAUGAUAAUGCUUUGGAAUUUGUAUGACCACUAGUAAACGAACUUGUUGGGUAGGAUUAUCUGCCCAUUAUUACUCAUCUUAAAAUUCCUGUACUUUCCCUUUUUACUAUUAUGUUUACCCAGUGUUGGAAGAGUGUAUUUUUAUAUAUGUUUAUUUUUCAGUAAUGUGCUGAAAAUAAUACAUAAUAAGUGAUUUUGAUACAAGGCAAAUUCUUAGUUGGUACUUUUUUGAUGUUUGCCUAGGAGGAUGAUGUAAUAACUGGAUUAUGUGUUGCCCAAACCUUGCUGCUAUGAUAACUAAAUUGUAUGAAAGUUAAAUUCAGAUGUGAUAUCAUUUAGACAUUUUGCUAUGUUAGAAAUGAUAUAUAAAUGUAGUUGUUUGUCAAACUAAUUUCUUUGAUCACAUCAGUAUUUAAAGUUCUAUUAUUUCUUAUUAGAAUAUUGUACUGUAACAGUUACUGAUUAUUUAUCUUUUACAACAUUUCAUUUUGUGAAACAAUACAGGAAACUAUAGCCCCAAUUUUAACUCUAGCCAGCACUUGCAUUGGUGGGUGCUGAUGCAGGUGGCAAACCAUCUCACUUCAGCAAUGUGAGGCCUCGGAGAUUUUAACUAGCAACAUCAUCUACCCAAAAUCAACAGGUAGUGGUAGCUCGUCAGCAGGUGGGAGCACAAUGUCAGACGACAAGAGUCAAGUUGCUGAGAGAGGCCAUCUCCCGUUGGGUUGGAAGGCUAAAGCAGCCUCACGUGCUGACCUCUGCCUAAAAUAGACAUUGGAGCCUAAUCAGCAAAUUUAAAGUAGCUAUUACCAGCUAAUAUCCUUCUCACCUCCUCAGAAGGCUAGGUUAAAAUCAUAAUUUCCAGAAGGAGAGUGGAACCUCAAAAGUUAGGUCCCACUAGAUAAAUAUUAACUUAUAGCCUGGUACCCAAGUUAGAAUUGCCUCUUUAGAGCUGGUUUUAAAUUGGAUGAAGAUAUGUAGAGAUGAGGGAAGUCAUUUAGCUCACCCAACUCUUUCUUCCAUAAGCACCUGUGGUGUCACUAUCAUGGAGCUUUUGGACCCAUUGCCUUAUCUAGAAGACCAUUUCAGGUACCAAUUACUCUUUGCAUGAGGAAUGCAUUCUAACAGCAGUCCUUUUACUAGUCAGUGCCUAUCCUCCUCGUGCUGCAGUUAAGGUUUACUUUGACUCUGCUUUUCUACUCCAAUUAAUAUUGUGUAUGCCCAUAUGAGACCACCUCUUACUCAGUUCAUUUGAAAAUGAAAAAAAUUAUGUUUUGUGUAUAACUCAUUCCUCUAAUACAAGCGGAUGAGCAGAGGAUUGAACACAUUUAGACUUCUCCACUCAUUUGGCAGUUUGGCUUAGCCUUCUGGUUUGCCGCUCUACAGUAGAUGCAUUGUGGUAACUAUUGCGUAUAAGGUCAUUUGCAACUCUCUCUCAACCUCUCCUCUAAUCAGUUUAAUGUCACUGAGCACUUUGUUCCCUUUUUUCUUCCAAUGUGUAACAUCUUACACCUGAGUUGAAUUUCACUUGCCAUAGUUCUACACGGUUCCAAAAUUGUUUAAGUUCUUCCAUAGUUACUUGACUAUAUCAUCAGAUUAGACUGGUGCCCUCACCAUAUUAAGUUGUAUCUACAAGAUGGAUUAACUUGCAUUAACUGUUAUGAAUGCAGCUUACUUAUGUAGAUCUUAAAUACUAAGGGCUCAGUAGCAACCCCAGAGGUAUAUCGCUCAGUACAACAAUUGAGCCUGUCAUCACGUCUGUAACUAGUUGCUGUAAGUAGAAAUUGCUUCCUCUGUAAGACAACUCCUUAUCCGCCUCCAAAUAUUACCUAGUACAUUUAAUUUUCAAACAUAAAAGCAAUUUAAAUAUUACUUUAAACAAUGAUUUAUCAUUUAUUGGUUCUGAAAAUAAACACUAGUGCAGACCAAUUAAAUAUUAGCAAUUAUUUUAACUUUAUCUCAACUGUAAUUUUAGUUGUUUAUUAUCCUCCCAGGUUACAUAGAUAUGCUUGAAGUGUAUCAUCUGAAGUGUAGUGCUAGUCUGCUACAUGAACACUUUACAAGAUGAUUAUUUUAAAUCAAGAGUGUAGAAUGAAGGGUAGAUCAUUUAAACCUGGCAUAACCUUUUCAGAAUUAAGUAUUUCUACAAAUUAUAACACACAGGUUUCUGCAUGCUUUGCCAGUAUUUCAUAUAAUUAUCUUUCUUGUUUGUAAUAUGCAGAAUCUAAUAAGUCUUCCUAUUUUUAUCUGCACCUGUAUCAAAUGGCAUUUUUCAUUUGAAGAUUAGUCACAUUGUGAUGCAUUUUAAUGCUUUAAAACAUAUUUAUCUGUAAUCUGAGUAUAUUUGCCAAUAUUUGUUUUAUGCAAUUUAUAUUGUGAGGGUGGUAUGAUGCACCACUGAUUAUGUUAUCAGUGAUUUUUAUUUUUUUCAGAAAUCAAACUGCACCUCUCUUUAAAGUCACUGGUCACAGAUUUUAACAAAGUAGAGUUAAUUUUACAUGCAUAUAAUUGUGUUCCCUUUAGUCCAUUUCCUGGUCUUAAAUUUACAAUGUUGAUUGUCAGCAUAGAAAUGGUGAUGGCAAUAUAUGUUUAAUUUUACGUAUCUGUUGAGGAUGACUGCUAAUGAAUUAACAAAAGUUUGAUUUUGUCAAAUCGCUAGGGAAAAAGUAUAAUUUAGAUUCAUAAUUAUAUCAGUGUUAUACCAGUAUCUGGUACUAUUGAAUAUACAUAAAGAUUGUGCUGAACCAAAAAAAUGUUACAAUUGCUUCAUAGAUGCAUACUGUUGUAUUCUCAGUCAGUUUGGAAGUUGGAGGUAGACUAAGCCCAUAACACCAGUAUAUCUUUAUAAUGUUACUAGUUGUAAAAGUCUCCUUCAAUUGCCAAUAAUAAACUUUUUUAAAAAUG